UGGGAGAAACACAAAGAAGAAGAAAAGACAAGAAGAGAAGAAGAGAUUAAAGAACGAGAGGAACGAUAUAAAACACAAUUAAAGGAGAAAGAGAGAGAGAUGAAAGAGGAGAUGAAGAGAGAACGAGAGGAAUGGGAGAAACACAAAGAAGAAAAGACGAGAAGAGAAGAAGAGAUUAAUGAACGAGAGGAACGAUAUAAAACACAAUUAAAGGAGAAAGAGAGAGAGAUGAAAGAGGAGAUGAAGAGAGAACGAGAGGAAUGGGAGAAACACAAAGAAGAAAAGACGAGAAGAGAAGAAGAGAUUAAUGAGAGAGAAGGACGAUAUAAAACAGAAAUAAAGGAGAAAGAGAGAGAGAUGAAAGAGGAGAUGAAGAGAGAACGAGAGGAAUGGGAGAAACACAAAGAAGAAGAAAAGACGAGAAGAGAAGAAGAGAUUAAAGAAAGAGAGGAACGAUAUAAAACACAAUUAAAGGAGAAAGAGAGAGAGAUGAAAGAGGAGAUGAAGAGAGAACGAGAGGAAUGGGAGAAACACAAAGAAGAAAAGACGAGAAGAGAAGAAGAGAUUAAUGAGAGAGAAGGACGAUAUAAAACAGAAAUAAAGGAGAAAGAGAGAGAGAUGAAAGAGGAGAUGAAGAGAGAACGAGAGGAAUGGGAGAAACACAAAGAAGAAGAAAAGACAAGAAGAGAAGAAGAGAUUAAAGAACGAGAGGAACGAUAUAAAACACAAAUAAAGGAGAAAGAAGAAGAGAUUAAUGAACGAGAGGAACGAUAUAAAACACAAUUAAAGGAGAAAGAGAGAGAGAUGAAAGAGGAGAUGAAGAGAGAACGAGAGGAAUGGGAGAAACACAAAGAAGAAAAGACGAGAAGAGAAGAAGAGAUUAAUGAGAGAGAAGGACGAUAUAAAACAGAAAUAAAGGAGAAAGAGAGAGAGAUGAAAGAGGAGAUGAAGAGAGAACGAGAGGAAUGGGAGAAACACAAAGAAGAAGAAAAGACGAGAAGAGAAGAAGAGAUUAAAGAAAGAGAGGAACGAUAUAAAACACAAUUAAAGGAGAAAGAGAGAGAGAUGAAAGAGGAGAUGAAGAGAGAACGAGAGGAAUGGGAGAAACACAAAGAAGAAAAGACGAGAAGAGAAGAAGAGAUUAAUGAGAGAGAAGGACGAUAUAAAACAGAAAUAAAGGAGAAAGAGAGAGAGAUGAAAGAGGAGAUGAAGAGAGAACGAGAGGAAUGGGAGAAACACAAAGAAGAAGAAAAGACGAGAAGAGAAGAAGAGAUUAAUGAACGAGAGGAACGAUAUAAAACACAAUUAAAGGAGAAAGAGAGAGAGAUGAAA